GCCGUGCCGGAGAGCAGAGAAGAGGCUCGGAGCUGUGGGGGCAGCGGUAGGGAGAGCGAGAGCUAGAGGGAGCGGAGCCGCUGUGCGUGCGUGUCAGUGUGUGUGUCAGUGCGUGUGUCAGUGUGUGUCAGUGUCACGCUACCCUCCGCCCAGCUCGGCCUACCCGGAGAGCGGAGUGGGGUGGUCGGUGGUGGUGGAGGAGCGGGAGGAGCGGAGUGGUGAGGGCUGGAGUAGAGGGCCGGUGAGGAAGAGUGAGGAGGAGGAGCGAGGUGGGGACCCCCCGCCUGGAGCCGCUGGGAUCGUGAGGAGCGGAGACGCCGAGCCUGGCAGAGAGACACAGGCCUUGCUGUGCUGCGCCUCGCACUGCCACUUUGGGGCCUCGUGACUGCCUCCCAAUCGAUGGCCACCACUGCCGCCCACAGACGUCCGCCACAAGAGUCCACAUGACGGCCGUGGACGGAUGCCGGGGCUCUAAACGGUCACGACGGACUGACGGUGCCACGGGCGACGCGCUCGGCCGCAUCGCCGAUCCCGGCCACCAGCGCCGGCAGUGACCCUCCGCGGACAUUGCUCUGGUCCAAUUGUCCCUUUGGAGAUGGCGCCGCCACCGCCGGUUUCCACCGUGGCUCAGCGAAGCUCCUAACGCCCACCGCCGCCCGGGAGAGGCGGAAGAGCAGCCCAAUCGCACCAGGCGGCUCUCGCCCGUCAAGAAUAAUCCCCACGCGAGCGCUUGAUUAUAAUUAACGCGUCGGCGGAAAUUACAAUUAACAUGUAAUUUACAAAAAAUAAUCCCGCGAUAAUUCCGAUGACAUGUCGAGUGGCAGGCAGCCCCAGUGGAGCCUGGGGUGCGACGCGGCGCCGCUUGGGAACUCCGUUCUAGCAGCGAGCGACGCCAAGUGGCAGCCGGGCAGAGCAGCCAGCCUGCUGGACAAGUCCCGGGGGGGCAGCAGUCCGCUGGACGUGCUGCUUCAGGCCGUGGAGCCCGACCUGACCCUGCUGAGGCAGGCAAACGACGACGAGAGCGGCGACGUUGCGGAGCAGCGCUACGGGACGCUGACCGCGGAGCAGCAAACUCAGAUGCGGCCCAAGCCGAGAGAGCCGGGCUUGGCCUCGCCGCACGCAUACGUCCUCGCGCAGGAGAAGCACGGCGGCGAUGACGGCCAAUUUAACAAGACGGCAUCCGCCGAGCAUCGGCACAAGGGGGGAGCGCAGCCGGAGCAGAGUUUGCACUGUGGCGAUGACGAAAGCCAGAACCGCAUUCAGGUCGCGCCGAGGCCCGGCGAGCAGCGGCCCCAGACUCAGUGGGGGGAGCAGCAGCAGCAUCUGCGGCAGCAGCGGUUCGUGGCGCCUCCACACGGCGGUGCGCGCUACAGGGUGAGGGGGGGCGUGGUGCAGUAUGUGUACCCCACCCAGUACUCGCGCGCUGGACCGCCCGCUUCGCCAUCGCAGCAGCCGCCCCACGUCCCACUCCCAGCGCAGGGAACGCGUCGCGCUGGGCCACUGCCGUCUUCGCAGGAGGGCCCGAGCGAGAGCUCCGGUCUAUACGCAGCGCCGUGCUACGUGCCGGCAGAGGCGAAAGGCGGCCAGGUGUAUGCACAGUACCGGGGGCAGAGCAGCAGGGGGAGACCGGCGAGAGACAGAGACUCGAGGCCAAAGAAGCCCGGCAAGUAUGUGUGUCCCUACUGCGGCCGUGCGUGCGCCAAGCCGAGCGUGCUGAAGAAGCACAUCCGUUCGCACACCGGGGAGAGACCGUACCCAUGCCUGGCCUGCGGCUUCGCCUUCAAGACCAAGAGCAACCUCUACAAGCAUCGCAAGUCCCACGCACAUGCAGUCAAGGCUGGCCUUGUGUGCGGAACCGACAACGGCGGCAGUGGGGACUGGACUGAGAUUGAGAAAUCCUUUUCACUGGAGAGAUCAGCUUCCGCCGAGAAGUCGCUCGCGAUGGAGGAGCAGCUUGGCGUUGGGAAACUGGAGAUCGAUCAGGAGGCCCAUUCCGAGCUGGACGAGAGCACAGACACGGAUGAUGAGACCGCGGUGGAGGAUGCGAGCUUGGACGUCAAGGACUACUCUGCGAGGCUAUUAUCGGAAUCGUGUUUCGAUUAUGGACAGCAAAGAGUGAAGACGUCUCCUUGCCAAACAGAGCUCUCAGCCGAUACUAAAGGGAAACACGACGGUGAUCGACUUCAGGACGAUCCUCAGCAAUGUUCAGGGCAGGAGAAUGCAGAGAGGAUGAGUGGGAGUGCCAAAGGGUCCCAGGGCACGGGCGACAUGCAGUCGUUUUUGCCGAGAGUUGUCCUCGUCCCUCCUAAUCCAUCGGCUUCGCCAUCAGCACAAUUCACAGAUUCCUUCAGGAAGCCCUUGACGUCCGAUGUGAACGUUUGCAUGGAGGAGUCUGAGAAGCAGCGGUCACCGAAACCAAAGCUCAACUGGUCAGCAAAAGUAACCGAGGAGGCGAAUUUACAGUUGGCUUCAUUUGAAAACCUCCUCAGGCCAAACACCUUUGGAAGCAAAAGUAGCACAGACUCGGGCUACUUUUCACGAUCGGAGAGCGCCGACCAGCCGCUCACUAGCCCCACUAACUUCCAUCCAUUGUCAUACAAGGACAUCGUGCUCGGACGCAACUUUCCGAUUCACUCGAGAGGCAGAGCCAUGCCCAAUCGUGUGCCAGAACAUAUAGAAGAGGUUUUCUUAAAAAAGGAACGACUCGUAAGUUCGUGGACACCCUCUGAACAUUCCAUUUCUCUAAACACAGAGAGAAAACCGUCAAACACUCAGCCCACUGCACAGCAAGCAACUAUAGACAGAAGCCACGUAGCUGGCAGCAUCGACUCUUCCGGUGCAACUGACACUUACAGGGAUGGAGGCGGUACUGGGUCUGAUGAUAAAAUGUCAAAGAUGGCCAUAGCAGCUGCCAUUUACAAACCAGGCCCUGUGAAAUCGGAAGCCGGUGGUGAAUAUUUACUUGUUCCCAGCUUGGAAACGCUGGGUUUUCCCCGCAGCAACUCUAUGCCAAGCUACACACGGCUGGACGACACUGAGGUGAAAACGCCCGUCCCGCUCAGGGGCAGCCACUCGUUCGACGAGCCGGCGUCCACAUUCCACGGGGACGCGUACUCCUCCUCCUCCAACUUGUACUUCGCCAACCACAGGUCGCUGGUGAGGCAGACAGCCGUCCAAGCCGAUGAGUUUCCGGUAGCCAGCGAAAGCAAGGUCCCGACGGCGUCUCAAAGCAGCAGGGUCUCCAUGGUGGGCGCGAGCCAGAAUCUGCAGGACACAGGCGAGGGGUUAAACGUCGGUCGUCGCACGAGCCCCACGACAGGGGAGCAGCACGUGAGAGCGCGCAGGCCGGCGCGCUACAGCCGAGGUUCGUUUUACGAGUGCCACACAUGCAAGGUGACGUACAAGAAAGUGGAAAAUUAUAUCGUUCACAAGAGGCUCUACUGCUCCGAGCUGCACAUGUUUCCCUCCAGCAGUAACAGCUCCCUGGAGAUGGAAUCCCCGGCGGGCGACGUGGCGCACGAGGGGGAGACAGGGGCCGGCAAAGCCUCGGAUCGCUCUGUACUCAUCAGGAAACGACGUAAGCAAAGGAGCGUUGGAGAUGAGGAAGAUAUGCUCACGGAGUGCGUGUCUGCCAGCAUCGCUCAGCCAAUGCUCUCUGGUUUCAUUGAGGAGCCUUACUUAGAUGAUCAUGAUUCGGUGUUCGAAAAACAUGAUGUGCCUGAAGGGCCUAGGGAUGUCGGUGUCACGGCGCCCGUGACCGUGAAUAGCCAAGCCCCAAAGUGGCAGCACAGCGACCCUGUGAAACCUCAGCCGCCGCAGCUGCUGGUGGACGGUGGAUCCCGGCGUGGGCUCAGCCUCGAAAGCGGUCUCAGUUGUUACAGCAGCUUAGGUGGCCACAAUGAGAUCUCUGUCAUCCAACACACAAAGUCGCUCAGCCAACCAAGCUCCUUCGAGAGAGCUGAUAGCUUGGAAACGGCGCGGUCGUUGUCUCCCGAUGGGUGUAAAGGGGCACAGUGGUCGCAGCAGCAGCAGUGUUCAUUGCCGGCCUUGCAAGCGACAGCGCACAACAAAGAAGACCAAGCUUCAUCGGCAGACCCUUUGAGCAUUCGUGGAACCAAACUUGUUCGGCAGAACAACAUCCAGGUGCCAGAAAUUCUGGUCACGGAGGAACCGGAUCUCGUGCAGCUAACGGAUGCCCCGGAGAAGGAGAGUGAGAAAAAAAUGGAAGAGGAUUUCUCUUGGCCCAAGAGGAGCGAAACCCUUUCGCAGCUUCCUCCAGAGAAACUUCCUCCCAAGAAGAAGCGGCUUCGUCUUGCCGAGCUGGGGAAUUCGUCGUUCGAGUCGAGCACUGAUUCCUCCUUCUCCGGGUCACUCUCGCGUAGCCCCAGCCUCGAGAGCAACUUGUCGCGCUGCUCUAGCCUCUCCAUCUCGCUGGACCGCGUUGAGCUGGAUGACGAGAAACCCAAAGCGGAGCCGGAAGAGAAACCUCGGCAAGAAGAGGUGGCAUUUCUAACCGUCCCCACCUCUCACCACCAUCGGCAGCACCACCACAGCCGUGAGAUGCGACGUUCUGCAUCGGAGCAGGCCCGGAGCCCCCAGUACGCCGGCCCGGGUAUGGUGGAAAUACGCAGCAAGUCCUUCGACUGUGGGAGCAUAUCCAACUCUCCGCCGCCCCCGCUUGGCCUGGACAUGGACUCGUCUCAGCCGUUAACCUCAUCCCCUCUCCGCGAGCGAAGGAAGAUGUCCCUGGUGCGCCAGACCUCGCUGAGCGGGUACAGUGAGGUGCAGGAAUCACUAAAAGAGCAUAUCGCCUUCACGUCCCAGGCGGGCCUGCACCCGCCUCCCCCUCGUCCCGCCUCCCCUGCAUUGUUAAGCCUGCGUUACUGCUCGCCAGAAACGUCUAUGAGGCCGCCGUCCCCGCAGUCUGCGACCCAAAACAUGGAAGACUUUAAGUGGCAAAUGGGGCAGAAAGCGUCCUACUUGCAUUUGCUCAAGCCGCAGAUGAGCAGCUGUUCACCCGCACGACUCCCCCACUCGCAUCAUCUACCGCAGAGUGGACACAUGCAGCCGCCUCUGCCACCCUUCGUACACCCUUCACAGGCCCACAACUAUGAGCUCUCUCUGCAGCACCUGAGUCAGACUCCGCAGCGACUGCCGUAUCAGCUCGUACACAACCACAUGCUGCAGCUGCAGGCGCAGCAGCUUCUUCUUAGGCUGCCAUUACAGCCAUUCCCGCAGCCCCCCGGUGUGUUUUAUCACCAACAGGGCAGCCCGCCCCGGCCGAGAGAAAGCUACAAGCAGGACACGCAACACGGGCUUCGCGGCCUGGACACGGCGGUGCAGGCGGAGGUCGUGACCUAUCCCGCUGUCACGUUCUCUCUGGGCGAGCCUUUGCAGGAUGAAGCGGGGAGUGAUCGUUUGCCUUCAUCCAGAAUGCAGAGGAGCAGUGCGGAAGGUGCGUGGUCAUCAAACUCUUUGGUGGCACCGCCGCUCCACCACAGCAAGUCGAGCCACAAGCUCGUGGUGCACACCACCCUCGCCGGGCUGCUGUCGACGCAGGACCCCGGCAGCCAGCCGCGAGUUUUUUUCGGUCAGCGGGGCGCAGCAUCGCUCUCCGAGAAGCACACCAAGCUGAUGAGGACCGACUCGGCCAUGCAUUCCAGCGUCCUCUACCCGCUGUAUGACAACAACAAGGUAGUGGCUGUGUGUGCUUCUCGCCAGGGAAUUUCUUCCCAGCUUGACAACCAGGCGCCGAGCAGCAAGAGGAUGCUGUCCCCUGCGAGCAGCCUAGAAAUUGCCGUGGAUAUGAGACGGCAGCACUACCAGAAAAGGGUCAAGGAAGGGGAGGAGGAAUCGGAGCUUCGAGAGGUUGAGGAGGAAGCGAGUCUGGUCAUUGACAAGAGAGAUAAAUCGCAGCCCCUGAUCAAAUCCGAAGGUUUUACAAAAUCAUCAUCGUCUUUUAAUUCUACCGACUCCUCAAGGUCCAGAAAGCCCACGCUGGUGAGACAGUUCUGCACGAUGGAACCCGCGGACCAGGAGGGAUCUCCUGCAAAUUUAACGGACUCAUCUUCUGUUCAGUCAAUGUCCUCCCGUUCAUGGGAUGCAAAAGGAAUGGCUGCAUCUGAAGACAGCAUGGAUGAGGGAUCGUCAAAGAGCCCGCCGCUUGAACUCGGCAAACGUGACAACUGCUCCGGUCGAUCUGCGCCGGAGCAUGAAGCAGGUGUAUUAAAAUCAGCCGCAUCAAACGCCAAUAUUGAAAUGAAGGACUCGUUGGGCUCCCCGACCACCAUCAAGGUGCUGGUGCCAAUCGUCACGACGGAUAUGGCAUCGUCGCGCGCGACUGACUCCAGGGAAGAGAUGGCGGGAGGUCUUGGUGGCCCACGGAGGCCGCCCGCUCGCGCCGGGGUGAAGGUGGCGGUACUGCAUGUGGUGGCGUCCGGCGUGAGCGUGCCGCCCUCCCUCGUCCUUGUUGCCGACAUCGCCGAGGUGCAGCAGUUGCUGUCGCCGAGUCUGCGCACCGUCGUCAGCACGACCUGGUGCUUCCUCAAUGGGCGCGCCAGGCCGGCCCACUGCGCUGAGCACCAUCCGGGCGGUGCGCCUGGCCCCUCCGCCUACGGCCAGUGGACGCCGCCGGCGCCGGCCGGCGCUUCCGCCGGGGACCCUAACCCCCCCGGUGCGAGCACCGCGGAGGCGCUGGCACUGCUGCGGCGGGCACGGGGCGGGCACGCCGGAGAGGGAGUCUACACGCUGGCCGCCAUCGCCCCCCGGGGGGCCUGCUCCACUGUCCACUCCCGCCUGUGGAUGCCAUGCAUGGCCUUGGGCGCCAUGCCGGCGGCGGAGCCCAAGGCUACGGGCGCAGGGCGUGGCCGGGCUGCGGGCCCGGGCAGGGAGCGCGGGGAGCUGGAAGGACGCGGGGCCCAGGACAGCGCCGGCCCUGAGCCGCCUCCUAUGAAGGGGGGGCCCCAGCCAAGCCGCAUCAAGAUAUUCGAGGGCGGGUACAAGUCGAACGAGGAGUACGUGUACGUGCGGGGCCGCGGGCGAGGCAAGUACGUGUGCGAGGAGUGCGGCAUCCGCUGCAAGAAGCCCAGCAUGCUGCGCAAGCACAUCCGCUCGCAUUCUGACCUGCGGCCCUACCGCUGCCACAUCUGCAGCUUCGCCUUCAAGACCAAAGGAAACCUCACAAAGCACAUGAAGUCCAAGACUCACAGUAAGAAAUGCCUGGAGAUGGGUCUCACCCUGGUUCCGGUGGACGACACGGACCCCGAGGAGGCCGCGCUUGAGAACGCUCACAAGAAGUCAUCUGGAGACCACCAGUUCUCUGAUGCAGACGUCUCCGACGGUGACCGGGAGGAGGAAGAGAACGAGGACGAUGACGACGAGGAUGACGAGGACGACGAGGUGGACGCGAUUGCUGGCCUUGCAAGGCGCCCCGGAGAUCACAGAGCAGAAGACUCGACCACCGCAGCUUUGUCCUCCGCAGGGGACGGGUGGGGGCCUCAGGGCCCCCACGUGAAGCUCUACAAGGCCCCAGGCUCCAGCUUUGACGCCGAGGUUGAGAGUCUCACCUCUCAGUUCCGCGCCUUCCCCUACUCCGAGGGUGGCAAGUCGGCACAGCAGGGCAACGCAGGGGACAAGCAGCAUCAGCACGGUGCAGGCUUUGGCAGGGCGUGCUGGGACAGCUACUCUCCACACGCAAUGAGCAUCAACAGCGAGAGUGUGGCUCCCUCCCCCGGCCAGUUGAUGAACGCGUCAUUGUCGCCCAGCCAGAUGAGCGUGAGCCGGGAGGGGUCGCCGUGCACAGGUGAAGGGGAAAGGUCGUCGUCUCCCAACGCCUCUCCCGGCCGUGCGUAUUCUCCCGGCCGCGUGUACUCUCCUGCCUGCGCGUACUCUCCGGCCCGAGCGUACUCUCCUGGCAGAGCUGCGUCCGACCCUUGUGACGACUCCACGAUCGAUCCCUUCGCCGCGCACUACACGGAACAGUUGGCGUCCAAUAAGCUUUCGCAGGUUCAACAUCAACACCACCCUCCACACCACCACCAUCUUAUCCACCAUCACUUCCAGCAGCAGGCUUCUGUGAGCCGGCUGUCCGUGCCGUUUUGUGAGCGUGCAUCACGGCAGCAGGAGUCGGCGACGCAACAGCAAACGCAGCAGAGCCGCGACUCGCUGGUGCCCAGCCGGCCCCGAGGCCACCGCGCGCACUCCCUGUCGCCGUACCGGCGCGGCUCCUCCGGCAGACCCUGCUCGCCGUCGCCGAGCCGAGAAGCGUACAGCGGCGCCGCUGGCGGAGGUGGCAGCAGCAGCAUUCUGCGAGCGCAGUCGCUCUCCCCGAGCCGCUGGAGCGCGCUACGCGCAGCCGAUGGCCCAAAGAAUCCCGACGGGGGCGCAGGGGCGGCACGCUCUCCGCCAUGCCGGUCUCCCCCCGUCGACGCCGCCCACCACGGAGUCCGGGACGGCCUUGACUGCCGCCCACGGCCGCCGUGGGGAGACGACGCGGCGACACCGUCGCCCGCCUCCCUCCCGCCUGCCGACGAGGAAGGGAGCGAUCCACGGGUCAGCGCCAUGCGCUGCGGCCAGCGCAGCCGCGGCACGGGGGGGGGAAGCUUUGAGUCAGCAGCGGCGGACCACGAGAUGGAGACGUGCGGUGGCUGGGCGGAGGCGCGCGGAGUGGAGCGGGGCACGGCACAGCCACAGGACGGCUACGGACGCUCUCUGGACCCGAAGGCCACUCGUGCCGGCCUACGGACGCAGCCGUCGCUGGCGUCUGCGAGCUGGCACAGGCAAAUGUUUAGCCACCUGCCGCUACAUUCUCAGCAGCCUGAAGGGACCCCAACUCCAAAGAUCCUCGUAGAUGGAAUGAGGGCCGGCAUGGGAGGGUCAGUCUACCCACUACCUCUUGCCCCAGGGGCUGAAGAAGCAAUGGCUGCCCUGUCCACGUCUGCUCGGAGCAACUGGACCGCCGUGCGCGACGUCGAGUGGCGGCAACAAGCCUUCGCUCUCCUCUCAGACACGCAGCAGCUGCAGCAGCAGCAGCAGCACCAGCAGCCGGUUGGGCAUAGCAGCCGAUCAGGCUUCGCAUCAACGAUGCUACCCCUGUCUGCCAUACAUUCUGCUUCGAGGUCGUCUCCAGGUUUCUCAAGGAGUGCAAGUCCUGCCUCUGCGAUUUCUCAGAUGUGUAGGGCGCAGCAGCAGCAGCAGCAACGACCACAGGAUGGAAACGUGGGCCUUUCCAAGGAUCAUAACUCAUGAGCACCGUGCAUGAUUCAGCAAGGCCUCAUCGCCCACAUCCCUUAUCAGGGCCUGCAGGCUCCGUGAGCUCAUCUCUGACUAGUUUGUGCUUGUGGCCUGCCCACGUUUAUGAUUUAUUAUUAUUGUUACAACUUGAAGUUGGCACAUGGGGUUAAUGUCCCCUAGCUGUGUGUCCCUUUCUUCAGCGAACCCUCUACUGCUGAUGGACGUUUUGAUUUAUCGUCAAAUACGUGAACUUGCUCGGCUGGAAAAUACCUAACGUGAAUUGUUCUUCUUCUCCUGGUGUCUUGGCUUAAAUAUUAAUGUACGUCACCAACCGUGCAGCCAUAAUGAAUGUGUGACAGUCCUGUGCCCCCGAAGUACGAGACUCAUGUUUAUAAUCGUGUGGCCACGUUCGUGUUCAUGGUUUUACAAAAUGUAUAAAGGAAAAAAAUGCAGUGUUGAGUGGCGCUAAAGGUUAUACAAGAGAUCGCAUUGAGCGGUGGCGUGGUGGUGAGGGGGAUUGAAUGUUGUGAGCAUGGUGGAUGAUUGCGGUGGUGAGAAUAUGGUGAGAAUGGCGGCGUGGUGGUGAGAAUGUGGUCAGCGGGGUGGUGAGCGUGGCGGCGUCAUCGUCGUGAGAAUCUGGUGAGCGUGGUGGAUUGUGGGAGUGAACUUGGCGGUGGCGUGGUCGUGAGAAUGUGGUGAGCGUGGCGGAUCAUGGUGGUGAGCGUGGCUCCGUCGUUAUGGUGAGAAUGUGGCGAGCGUGGCGGAUCGUGGGCUGCCUGCCCGGGGGUGGCCGUCGACUCUGAUGGCACGCGAUUGCUGUCGUUCUGCAGUGUCGCUGUCUCUUAAUAGCGUGGAUUAAAAUGAUGUGAAUAUUUGCCAUUGUAAAAUAAAUCGUUGUAAUCAUUGCAUUGAAACGAUAUAGAUGUGAUAUUAAAUGAAGUUUGAUGUAACAAAACAACAACACUUAAGAAUCAACAUCGCAACACAUCACCUUGUUCCGCAUGUGUGUCUAAUUGUGCGGCAGUGAGUUGGCGGCGUUUGUGGGAGGAUUGCCAACGUCGUCUCUCUUCGACAGUCGACUUUGUAUCCUCUGAGCUGUGACCUCUGAUGCAGUUGCAGCGGGAGCUCAUCGCACAUGAUUCGCGGUACGCGGUGCCGUGCAAUAGCAAUGUCGCACACAGACGGCAUCGAGUUAGGCCUGCGCCACAUUAUUUUGAGGGGUGCCGCGAGAAGGGGAUAUUACGACGUCUCUUACAGUGUAGGGCCCUCGAUUGUCGUAUCUCCCGUUUUACAGAAUAUCGUUGCAUUAUCAUAAAAAAUUGACGUUUUUUUCUGACCUUAUUUCUGAAAUAACACGAAAACAGUGAUAAUAAAUUACGAUAACUCAUUAAGUAGUGUCUGUAAAAUAUUUUCCCGGAGUAAUGGACUGCAUGGUGGUUAUAUGAAGUCAUCGUUUUCCUAGUCCCUGAGAAUAUUUAAUGAUCUCUUGUAUAACCGGCAGCACGUGCGGAGUACGCGUUAGAUUGUAUAGUGGAAGUCAUUAGAAGACGUUUGUAUCGGGAUUAUAUGGAGUGAUGUUUAUCUGCACCGGAAGUACAAACACAGAAACAAUAUAGAUAAAAAUGCAAAAUACAAUCAUAAAGUAACAGGCAACUGAUAUUGUGAUAGUCAUCGCACCAUGCAAACUGAUAUUGUAUCGUGAAGUCUGAUAUCGUGGCCGCCCUGGUAAAUACACAAGGGUGGUAGAAAACUAUCCUUGUCUCAACGAUACCGUCACGAACGUGCGAUGUUUGAAGUGUGUUGUAAAUGUCUUACAAAUGAGACGAAACGGGGGCCAAACUUCCUACAGGACAAAAGCAGAGACGGAGAGAGAGAGGGAAUCACUCCUCGUUUAUGGCAGGGCCGAGAUGAGUUUACACAAGGGCUAGCUUCGAAACGUUGUUUAGACUAAAUAAAAAAGUACAGUUAACGGAAGCUGAAAAUUUACUUGGAUUGAUAUUUGCCACGGAAUGUUUUUAUUUUUAUGAACCAAAGUGUGUUGUUCGAGAUCGAUGCUCUCGCAGCUCUGUUUAUCCUCCGAUUGGUAUUUUUUUUACAUCGGUGGACAUUGGGAGACGUUCAGAAACUCCAUAAACCCCAACACCAAAUGAGAUUUAAUAUAAAACAAUCGCGAUAGCAACUUAACCCAGGAUAACAUUUUAUGUAUUCAACACAGAGGAUUAGAGAUGGCAAUAUAGUUUUUAAUUAUUCAUGUCUGGUGGCAAAACACAAUGUUGGUGACACCUUUGAACAUUCUCAUAUGAAGGAUUGAAACCGGUUGCCCUGUCGUAGGCCCACAGUCAGUGAUUGGGUCACCUGAAGGCAGCGUGAAGGCCAGGAGGCACAGCCACUUUGUGCUGCCGUGCAAAUUAGCGACCGUGCAGCCAUCGCAAGCGAACUGGAAAAAAACAGGGCAGGCGAUGAAGGGCAAACGAGAGAUAUUUGUAUUCUAAUCGGUCCCACGUCUUCGUGGCAGUCUGACAGAGGAGAAAACGCACAAUCGUGCAAAAGUCCGUCACGUAUGCAUAUUUUUCCUAGUAUUAUUUGGAAGAAUGUAUGUAAGGACUCAACAGAGACUGCAUCGGUUUAUUCGAACAGAUGCUAAUCUCAAGAUGCUCAUAUUUUCCUGCCUCAGCAGUUCUCCUGCUGUAUUUUUCACCUGAUGACGAUUGCUUGUGUUGCGAUCGAAAAGUGAUGCCUUUUAUUAUUUGUCUAUCUACGUGGCUUUACCGAAAGACCCAAAGAGAAGGGUAGCAGUGGUAACACAAGACGAUGAGGCUGUUUGGAAAUCCACAAAAGCAGUUAUGGUCUUUUAAAACGUAUUUGGUGCUUUUUGUUUCUGCCGACACAUUGGAAUUUUAAAAGCUGUUGAAUGUGUAAAAGUAACCUUUUUGAUGUUUCAAUAUUUGCAAUAUUUGAAUAGACGGUAGUGAUUCUGUAGAUUUCAUUGGCUGUGGUGCACGGAGAGCUGAAAGUGCCGUGAUAGCCAGGAUUUUGAGCGAUAGCACUUGUAAGCAGGUACACGAUGCGAUUAUAUCAUGAACUUGUGGGACGCUUUCAAAUAGCUAGGUUAUUGUUUACACCCACCUAUAAUGACUCAACCGGAAUCAAACCUUCAAUUGCGUGCGUACAUUAAUAUUCCUCUUGUGAAGUGACGUGCACAGUGAGACCUGUGUCCAUGUGGGAUGUCAAAAGGGCUUCAGGUCAUUUGGCAAUUAAGGUUGCGUGAAAUGGGCAUUCUCCUGGCAGGGGAAAGCGAGUGCCGCGUUUCGGAGGCACAAGCGGAAGCGAGUCGCGCCUAUCGCCGUGUCUUACGAGUGUGGGACGUGUUGGGUGAGGGAGACGGCGCUGGCAAGUCAGCUGGCUGUCUCUUCUCACGUGCCCUUGCCUGGGUUCUCAACUGCCACAGGGGCUCCCAUCUCGUGUGGACGGUCCCAGACACAACGGACCCCUUAACUUGCGUGGAGUGUCGCGGCUACGUUGUUGCGUAGCUGGCAUUGCACAAUGGUUGCGUGUGUAGGUGUGUGUUGCGGUGGCCCAUGUGCUUGUGAGCGCACGUGCGGUGGUUACUCCACGUUAUUGGAGACGCAAGUUGAUUCUCUGGUCGCCAGGAGGCGUGGGGGGUCCUUUGCGCCUGGACAUGACGUGCACGAUGGCGGUGAUGGUGGUGGUGACACCGCGGACGGGGUGCGAGUGCGUGAUGCCGCGAAUCUCAAACUCUUAUCAACCGUGACCAAGUCAAUUUUAGGAAGGAAUUAUGAGAUUUGUUUUACGAUAAAGGUUCAUAUUCAACAACGACCAUCGAGUGUUUUAAGUAACUCCUAUCGCUCACACGCUGAUGGGGAGUGCAGUAUGCGACGGUGUAUAUAGCACUUUGUGGCUAACUGGUGUGCGUGUACAAUCUGCGUAGUAACCCUUCAUUAUAAACUGAAGUAUACUUUUUGCCAGAACUGUGGGGAGAUGGUGUUAAAGUGGAAUCAAAAUAAAAUAUAGAUAUCUUGGAUUCUUUUCUCUACAUAUCUGUGAUAUUGCACUGACAAACAUAUUUUUAUAAAUGUAUAUGGCAGGGAUGUCCCCUGCUUCUGUGUGCUUAGAAUUCGCUAUUCUACUAUUUGAUUGUGUACAGUUUGUUGCUAUGAGCACUUUGCUUUUCGCUGUGAAAAAAAAUAAAAUGUGUUCCGCU